GCGGUGGCUGCUGCCUCCAAACCCCACGUGGAGAUCCGCCAGGAUGGGGACCAGUUCUACAUCAAAACUUCCACCACUGUCCGCACCACUGAGAUCAACUUCAAAAUCGGGGAGAGCUUUGAGGAGGAGACGGUGGAUGGACGAAAGUGCAGGAGUUUGGCCACUUGGGAGAAUGAAAACAAGAUCUAUUGCAAACAAACUCUUAUUGAGGGAGAUGGCCCCAAAACAUACUGGACUCGAGAAUUAGCUAACGAUGAGCUGAUUUUGACCUUUGGUGCUGAUGAUGUUGUGUGCACAAGAAUUUAUGUAAGAGAGUAAAAACAUCCAUUUACUUGUCAUCUGGGAUAAAGUGGAGAACUGUGAAAAUCCCCAGUAUAAUGAGUAUCUGUGUGUGCUGUUACUAAUGCAGUGUUGUAUGUGACCGUGUGUGUUAUAUCUGGACCCAUAUCCUCUGUUAAGUGUAUUUUGCUUUCAUUUUUCAUCGCAGACACUAUUCCUUCCCACUUUUAUGCCAUCAUUUUUCGUGUCUGCUUUGUAUUUUGUAGUUGUCACUUGCUAUGGUUUCAUCAAUUAUUAAACUUAUUGGGCAUAACUCACA